AUGGAUUUUAAGAUAGAAUAUUUCUCACUUCUCAUUAUCGAAACUAAUAGAAAGAUCUAUAUGAGAGAUUUAAGUCAUCUUAUUGAGCAUAGGAGAGAGAUCCUCAAAUAAUAUUGUGCUUAACUAUAUGAGGAAUGA